AUGGGAAAAGUAAGCACAACAUUGUUAUGUUAUACAGUUGUGUGCCUCCUUACCUCUGGAAAAACUACCCCUGGCGAAAACAGGACAUUUUGUGAAUCAAGUGUAAGACAAGCAACUGAAGCAGAGAAAAAUCAGGCUCUUAAAAAGGCAAGGAUAGCAGCAGCUCAAUACAAAUACCAAUAUCCUUUGAUUGAAGUGAUGAGGCCAUCUAGUGUUCGUAGACGAUUUUUCCUGUCGUUUUCUAAGGACUGGAAAAUCAGGCGCAAAUUGAGGAACGAUCAAGAAGUGAUCCUUCGAGUUAAGGAAAAAACUUGGACGUGCACAUUUAGUUUAAGUUCUAACAAUGUUGGACUUUUAAGUGGCUGGAAAUACUUUGUUCCUGAUAAUAAAUUGGAAGAAGAUGAUGUCUGUGUGUUUGUGCCGGUUGGAGAACAGAACAAGACAUUAGUCCUUGAUGUUAUCAUAUUCCGAGCGCGUCCAGAGAUUGAUUAA